CUAAAAAAAAAAAACAAAAAACAAAAGUUUCUUGUAUAGGGAAGAUUCCACCGGCCUGAUAGCAUCCGGGCAGAGAACUUCUUUCAGGGAGAUCAGGGCCCCUCUUUCUUGGCUCAUACAUUCCACCAUCGUCUAAAAUCCUCUUCGUCUUGAGUAAGAGAGAGGCGAGGAGAGAUGGCUGAGUCUGUGGUUUCCAAUGUCGUGUCUCAGCUUACCGACCUUCUCAUACAAGAAGUUCUUUCUUUGGGUGGUUUGCGUGAUCCGAUCGAAUGGGUGAAAACACAACUCCUGCGAUUGCAAGGUUUCCUCAAAGAUGCAGAUUCCAGAAGGAAGAGAGGAGAUGCAAGAAUGGAGAGCUGGAUAAGUGGGAUAAAACGUGUAGCCUAUGAAAUGGAAGACGUCAUAGACACCAUCAACUACAUGCUCGAGAGGCGACACCAAAGGAGAGGCGGCAUCGACUCCAUUUCAAGGUACCCUCACACACCUUGUGAAUUGAUCUUCCAACAUAAAAUUGGUUUUGAAAUUGAAAAAAUAAAGGAGAAGAUCCGUUGUAUCUCUGAGAGCAGAGACAUAUGUGGAAUUGCUAACCUAGGUGAAAGUGGAGUUGAGAAGAGCAGUGAUUGGGUUGAUAAUCUGCAGAUACUGACACAAUUCUCUCCUUAUUUCUACGACGACACUGGCGCCUACACUGAUGCCAUAGGCUUUGAGCAUGAUAAGGAAAGAUUAGUGAAACUAUUGGUUGAUUCGGAGAACAAAAAGCGCAGUGUAAUUUCUAUAGUGGGUAUGGGUGGACUUGGCAAGACCACCCUUGCAAAAAACGUGUAUAAUGACCCUGCAGUUAGAAAAUAUUUUGAUGCCUUUGCUUGGGUCGCAGUUUCUAUAAAUUACCGAGUUAUUGAGCUAUUGAAAGACAUCGUGAAAAAAGUAAUGGAAAUCAAAGAGAAGAAAGAAACAACUACGGGAAUUACACUAGAAGAAUUAGAGCAGAUGGGUGAAGAAGAAGUGACAGAGCACCUCCAUAAUUUCUUAAAAGACAAAAGGUAUUUAGUUGUGAUGGAUGAUGUAUGGAGUGUUGAUGUUUGGAGACAAAUGCACCACAUCUUUCCUAAUGGAAACAACGGUAGCAGAAUACUGCUUACUACGCGUAACGUUGAAGUUGCAAGACGUGCCGAGCCAUGGAUUCCUCCACAUGAACUGCACCCUCUGAACGACACUCAGAGUUUGGAACUCUUCCGUAGGAAGGCAUUCCCACCAAAACAAGAUGUCCCGACUGAGUUGGCGGCAUUGGCCAAGGGGCUUGCAAAGAGGUGUGGUGGACUUCCUCUCGCACUUGUGGUGUUAGGGGGCUUUCUGUCAGAGAAAGAUCAUGAUACGUGGUCGAGAGUAGCUAAAAGCUGGGAAUCUAGUGGAGAUGGGCAGGAAUGCCUUAGUAUUUUGGGUUCAAGUUACGAUAACUUGCCCUACCCAUUGAAACCAUGUUUCUUGUACAUCGCUGCAUUCCCAGAGGACUCCACUAUCUCUGCUUCGAAAUUAGUUAGAUUGUGGGUCGCCGAAGGUUUCGUACCCCAAGAGCAGACAAGGACAAUGGAAGAAACUGCUAGGGAUUGGUUGGAUAAUUUGGUCCAGAGGUGCAUGAUCCAGGUUGUCAAGAGAAGCGUGGCUUAUGGGCGGGUUAAGAGUAUAAGCAUCCAUGAUAUGUUACGUGACUUCGGCCUAUCGGAAGCCAGGAAGGAUGGAUUUCUUCAUGUUUGCAGCAGUGACAACAUGGCAAUAUCUGAUGGCUUAUCGAGUCGUCGUGCAGCUUUUCACCAUCGUAUAAAUGACGAGAUUGCGAAUUCCUCAGCACAUCUCCGCACGUUGCUGGGCUUCAAAUUAGUUUUGAACGAUACUACAGCCGUGGGGAGAUUUUUAAAUGGGUUAAACUUACUGAGGGUGUUGGAUUUGGAGGACGCAACAGAUUUGAGGAAGUUACCGAGACAGAUUGGCAACAUGAUUCAUCUACGAUACCUGGGGUUGAGAAACACCGGUUUGAAGAGACUACCAUCCUCUAUAGGAGAUCUCUUGAAUCUGCAGACUCUGGACGUGAGAGAAACAAAUAUUUUUUGGCUUCCAAAAUCAUUUUGGAAAAUCCGGAUGCUGAGGCAUCUAUAUAUUAACAUAGAUAUGUUUCUAAGUGCAAAGAUACCUGGUGACCACAAGAACUUGCAGACCCUGCAAAUCACGGGACUCGGUGGUUUUGUAAAUGUCUACCAUUUCAGAAGAUCAUUCGGAAAAGCACUUGGGAAAAUGGACAGCCUUGUGUCAUUGCUUCUAAACGUUCGGCUUUUACCUAUGGACGUUCUUUGCGCUUGGGCACCAAACCUGCACCACCUCCGUUCGUUGAAUCUGUAUGGACAGUUGUUACUUGAACAGCAACAGCUCCCAGAUGGUUGUCAAUUCCCACCAAACCUUACCAAGCUCAUAUUAAGAGAAUCUAAGUUGGAGCAUGACCCAAUGCCGGUGCUGGAGAAGCUGCCAAACCUCAGGCUUCUUGCAUUGAAAUUAGAUGUGUAUUUAGGGAAGAGCAUGUCGUGUUCUGCUGGUGGCUUUCCUCGACUGCAACACUUGAUAUUAGAAGGACUCCAUCAUUUAGAGGAAUGGAGAGUGGGGGUUGGGGCAAUGCCCUGCCUCACCCACUUGACUAUCGAUGGAUGCUGGAAAUUGAAGAUGCUUCCCGAGGGAUUGGAGUGCGUGACCACCCUUCGGGAACUGAAGCUGAUUGAAAUGCCUCGUGCGUUCAAUGAUAGGGUCAGAAAUGAGGAGGAGGAUGGGUACAAGGUCCGACGCAUCCCCUCCAUUAUUUUUGAAAAGGAAUGCUCCCGACAGCUGUUUUAACUGAUGUUAAUUGAAGUGAUGAUUCAGACAAUAAGCAUAGCUAUUUUAAGUGAUGUUAAGUGAUGAUCCAGUCAAUAAGGUUAUCUGGCUUUCUUUAAUAUGUACAAGGAGGCAUUAUUAGCUAUUUCUUGCCGAACCAUGGAACUAUUGAUAUUAGUUCUUCAUUUUUAUUUCCAUAAUUUAUGGGGUUGUUAAUUUUCUGUAAUGGAUUUAUAAUGGUUUGGGACAAGAACUUCAAUCUAUGACAUUUAUUGCCAAUGGCUUGGGAAAAGGAUCGAUCACAUUUCAGAA